AUGAUACAACUUGUUUUGAAAAUAGCAAGAAGACAUCCAAGAAAACAAGAUACCAGACACCUCCUACUACGAUUCAACCACUUCCAAGUACAAAGCCCUAUAGAAGUGGAAGAUCUGCAAAGAGAAGCCCACGCGAAAAUAACGAUACAAGAAAUCAUACCAGAAAUCAAAGAAAUACCAGUCACUGCGUCACCCAGAGUGAGCACCAAUUUCCAAGGCACCUUGAUCAUCGAAGAAGAUUUCAUCAACAACUCUAACGACUUGGUGGUCACAGAUGCAGAGGCAGAGUCUAGUGAGGUCUCAGAGAUCUUCCAACAACCACCCCCCAUUCUUAGGAUCGGAGACAAGCUGUUGUUUUUGAAAAAGGGAGAGUUGGUACCUGAGAUAAACGCCAGUACCCCUAGCUCCGUGAUAACCAUAAUAGGGGCCGAGGGACUUCAAAGAGGAUUCGAGGAGAGCUCAGAAUUUCACGAGGGCAAAGAAGAAAAUCGAACGGAACCUGCACAAACUAGCGUAGAAGCUAAGAAGGCCUUGGAGCUAGCUGAUAGCGAAGACCUUAAUGUUCUCCUGCUGAAUACGGCUGCAAGCACGCAUAUACUGUCGCUGGUGAAACGAGAGAACCAAGUCACUACCACAGAGCUACCUUCUUCCACAGAAUCCACAACUGACCUGCCAUAA